AUGAAGUUCUUCUCUGCUGCUGCUUUCGUCGCCGCUCUCGUCGCUUCUGGAAAUGCUUGCCUCGGAGGAGGAGGUGGUGGUGGAUGCUGUCCACCAGCCCAGCCAAGCUGUGGAAAUCCAUGCGGAGGAGGAGUCGGACCAGCACCAAUUGGACCAGCUGCUUAUCCAGUCGCUCCACCACCAGCCUAUGCUGCUCCAGCUGGAGGAUACCCAACUGCUGGAAAGUAA